AUGUCUCUUGGUCCAAUCUCCCCUGCAGGAACCGUUUUCGCGCGGCCAGAAGCCUCGCUUCGCCCCUUCGCCAACUCGCAGCAUGACCAGGCCAUCGAAAUUAUCGAUGUCAAAAUGUCGAACGAACAUCAAGUUCACUCCAACGCAUCGCCUCCGGUCUACAGCGCUACGCCUCUGGGCUUUGGCGCGAGCGGUACACCGGUCCAGAGCUCAGUGUGGUGGGUGUGCUGCCACUGUUCAAAUAUGGUCAAUCCCAUACUAGCCGACGAACGAUGCCCGAUCUGCGGACACUGUCGGGGUGCCUGCUGCGGCACAGUUACUGUUUAG